GGCACAUGGGGCACCUGCUGCCCAAGACCCCUUAUCUGGAGUGGCUGCAUCCAGGUGUCAUGAUGCUGAGAGCCUGGGGAGCGCUCCGUGCCCAGGCUGGGCACUCAGCCUUGGGCUGGCAGGCUCUGAGCUUCGAUGGUGGUGUUUUCCGCCUCAAGGGCACUGGAGAGCUGGUGCGGGCACUGCUGGUGCUGCGGCUGUGUUCCUGGCCACCUCUGAUCACCCACGGCCUGGCGCUUCAGGCCUGGGCCCAGCGGCUCUUAGGUGUGCGGCUCUCUGGUGCAGUGCUCCGGGCAUCUGUCUAUGGGCAGUUCGUGGCCGGUGAGACAGCCCAGGAGGUGAGGGGCUGUGUCCAGCAGCUGCAGGGCCUAGGCCUGCGGCCCCUGCUGGCUGUGCCCACUGAGGAGGAGCCAGACUCGGCGGGCAAGACUGGGGAGGCCUGGUAUGAGGGCAACCUCAGAGCUAUGCUGCAGUGUGUGGACCUCUCCCGAGACCUCCUGGAGCCCCCCGGUCUGGCAGGGAAUGUCCUCAUGCAGCUGAAGGUGACGGCGCUGACCAGCCCCAGGCUCUGUAAGGAGCUAACUUCAUGGAUCAGACGACCGGGGGCUUCCUUGGAGCUGAGCCCUGAGAGGCUGGCCGAAGCCAUGGACUCCGGGCAGGAGCUCCAGCUGUCCUGUCUCAAUGAUGAGCAAAACCGGCACCUCCAGGCCUCUCUAAGCCGCUUGCACCGGGUGGCCCAGCAUGCCCGGCUGCGGCAGGUGCAGCUGCUGGUGGAUGCUGAGUACACCUUCCUGAACCCUGCGCUCUGUCUGCUGGUCGACAGCCUGGCCACACGCUGGAAUGGCCCAGGGGAAGGCGGGCCCUGGGUGUGGAACACCUACCAGGCCUAUCUGAAGGAUACACAUGAGCGGCUGAGGCAGGCAGCGGAGGCUGCAGACAGGGCUGGCCUGACCUUCGGAGUGAAGUUGGUGCGGGGGGCCUAUAUGGACAAGGAGAAAGAGGUGGCCCGGCUCCAGGGGACUGAAGAUCCCACACAACCAGACUACUUGGCCACCUGCCAGAAUUACAACCGCUGUCUGGAGCUGAUGCUGACCUACGUGGCCCAACGUGGCCCCAAGUGCCAACUCAUGGUGGCAUCCCAUAAUGAAGAGUCUGUUCACCAGGCCACUAAGCGCAUGCGGGAGCUGGGCAUUCCUCUGGACGGGCCUGUCUGCUUUGGACAACUUCUGGGGAUGUGUGACCACGUCUCCCUGGCACUGGGGCAGGCCGGCUAUGCUGUGUACAAGUCCAUUCCCUACGGCUCCCUGGAGGAGGUGAUCCCCUACCUGAUCAGGAGGGCCCAGGAGAACCGGAGUGUGCUGCACGGUGCCCGCAGGGAACGAGAGCUGCUCAGUCAAGAACUUCGACGGAGGCUGCUGAGGAAAAUCUGAGGUUACCCCACUGCACUCCCCAGGAGCCAAGUGGUCAAUAAAGGUCCUGAGCUACUUAC